CUUGCAAGCCCGCUUUCGGCUAAUACGCUAGCACGGACCAAAGUUAUCCCGGAAUAACGGCAGCACGCAUGUGCCGUCAACCCGGAUGUAGAAGUAGACCCAUUCUCCCGACCUCUGUUUAUGUUUUUACGUUAUACAUUCAAUAUGGACACAGAUUUCCUUUUCACCCUAAAUAGUUAGCCAGGUCUGGUCCGGGUCAAGAUCCGAAGGGACAGCUGUGUCAGAUCAUCAGGUGACAACGAUAUGGAUUUUCGAGGUAAGAAGUAUGAACGUGGGAGCAACUGGUCUGACCCGGAGGUGGCCGAGUUAUUGCAGCUUUGGUCAGACGAGUCAGUCCAGAUUGAAUUGGAAAGUUGUCUGCGGAACCAGCACGUAUUCAACCGUAUUGCAGAGGUUUUGCACGGGAAAGGAAUUUUCCGGACGGGGGACCAAUGCAGGGAGAAGAUUAAAAAGAUGAAACUGGAAUACCGCCGCAUUAAAGAAAAUCAAAAGAGAACUAUUAGGGGUGGAAGAACCUGGAAGUUCUAUGAAGUCAUGGACCGUGUCUUGACAAACCGACCAUCCUUGUCCUACGCUUCAGGGGGAGGUGGUGGUGGCGUCAUGGCUCAUCAGCUUUUGCCAGGAGCGGGUUACUCUGACACGUACCUUCACGGCCUGCCGACGGCAGCCUUCGGGUCUUCAACAUCAGCCUCCUAUUUGUUUAGCCACCCCCCUAAGCCUGGCGACUUGUUGGAGAUCAAAAGCGAAGACGUCAACUCUGAGGAAGGAUUUCUGAGUUCAGGAGGCCCUGCGGAACUUCUGUAUCACAUCGGGUCAUGCGACGAGCCAGAUGCUGAUAGUAAAUCAGUGGGAGCCGACAUUGAGGACCAAGUGGAGGCGGGACGAGCGGAGGGCGCGACUCAAGCGCGGCUGUCUCCCUCAGGUAUGAGCGAUCAGAACAUGGCCGGUUCAUCAGGCACAGGCAUGUCUGUGCGAGACGGUGGCGGCGGCGGGGGUGAAGACCGGCCCCGAUCACACAACCGAGGCGGCCUGAAAGGCCCCAACUUUGCCCGUCAGCGCAAGCGUCGGUGCGUGGGCCGGGGAACGUGCGGCGGCGGCGGCGGUGGCAGCCGGCGCGCCGUGGACAAGGCUCUGCUGAGCUUCCUCACCUGGCAGCGGGCGGCCGAGGAGCGCCUGCUCUCCCUGGAGGAGGCGCGUCUGGAGCGGGAGGCGCAGGCGGAGGAGCGGCGGCAGCACCUGGACGAGCGGCGCGCCGAGCAGGAGCGUCAGCACGAACUGCGCCUCCUCUCACUCUUUGCCGGGGCCCUGACUGGGGUUGCGGGGGGCCGGACAGAGGGUCGCCCCGCCACUGUGGUGCCCCCCUCUCCGGCAUCCACCCCUCCUCUCCCCGAGCGUCUCUCUGCUCCUGCCGCACCUGUCUCCUCCACUCCCUCAUCCUGCUCAGUUAGGGGACCUGAUGCCCCUGGUUACAGCAUCUUCCUCUCUCGCCGUGGCAACCGCAUCCGCCAACACCAGGGCAUCCUGCAGGAAGGCUACACUCAGUACCAUGCAGACAAGUACAGUCAGGAAAACCCCAAUGGCAUCAUAAACAUGGGUACCAGUGAGAACAAACUCUGCUAUGACCUGCUUCACCAGCGGUUGAGCCUGCCUGACAUGGCCCACCUUGAGCCCUCCCUGCUGCAGUAUCCUGACUGGAAAGGCCACCCAUUCCUCCGUGGGGAAGUAGCCGGUUUCCUGACGCAGUACUGUCGCUCAGUGAAUCCCCUGAAGCCUGAAAACGUGGUGGUGAUGAAUGGCUGUGGUUCGCUCUUCUCUGCCAUUGCAGCCGUACUUUGUGACCCUGAAGAUGCGAUUCUCAUCCCCACACCUUUCUACGGGUGCAUCACUGAGGAUGUGCAUCUCUACAGUAGCGUGCGGCUCGUUCAUGCGCACCUGAGUGCUCAGCCAAGUGGCAGUGGCAACAGACCUUUUCACUUGAGUGUUGAUAUUCUGGAAUCUGCCCUUUUAAAAGCAAAGAAAGAGGGUGUGAAUGUUAAAGGGGUCAUACUGGUAAAUCCCCAUAAUCCACUGGGAGAAAUGUACUCUUCGGAGGAGAUGACUGACUUCCUGGAGUUUGCUAAAAGGCACGAGCUCCACGUCAUCGUGGACGAGGUCUACAUGCUGACCGUGUUUGAUGAGGCAGUGACCUUCCACAGCGUCCUCAGUCUGGACAGGUUGCCAGAUCCCCAGAGGACCCAUGUGCUAUGGGGGCUGAGUAAGGACUUUGCCAUGGCUGGCAUCCGCGUUGGCACACUGUACUCCCAGAACAGGGACCUGGUGGAGGCCCUUGACCAGCUGGGCUGCUUCCAUGGGGUACCAGGCUCCGUCCAAAACCAGGUGGCACGUUUGCUACAGGAUAAGGGUUGGAUCAAUGAGGAGUUCCUGCCCACCUGCAGGAAACGGCUGCGGGCGGCUCACGACUUCCUGACGGAGGAGCUGAAGAAAAUGGACGUGCCCUACCUCCACCGGCCCGUCGGCUUCUUCGUCUGGGCCGACUUCAGUAAGUUCCUGAGUGAGGCCUCCUUCCCAGCAGAGCUGGAGCUGUGGCGGAGGUUCCUGAGGCACCGCGUGGUGGUCAGCUGUGGUCAGGCCUUCUCCUGCUCCAGCCCCGGAUGGUUCCGGAUCGUCUUCAGCGACGAGGAAAGUCGACUGCAACUCGGCAUGCAGCGGAUCCGGCAGGCCCUGGAGGGGUUGAAGGAGUCGCGCUCCGCUAACGACCCGGGGGAAGCAAAACAAGAGACCAGCACGAAGAACGAGAAGGACGCCAAGGACAGCAGCACCACGAGGACGACGACGGCGACGUCUGGACCCACGGGCACGGAGGAGGCCAGCGCGGCCGCCGCCGCCGCCGCCGCCACCGACGCUUUGUCCCUGGACGGCGAGGAGCUCGUGGUGCUGGACUGCCAGAGCUCUCAGUCGGGCGUAAAACUGGACAGCCUCAUCGGGGAGCUGCGGCAGCAGAUCCGCUCCUCCGAUUGGCUGGAGAAGAACACUCCGGAACUGACCGCAAGGGAGGACCCAGAGCUGUUUGAGGUGUUUAAAGAUCUGCUGGACAGAGCCAGGAAGUAGAGAAACACCAGCGGCUCUACAUCCUCACGGCCAGCUGUGCUUAGCCGCUGGUGGAGCUCUCGGCACUAUAAACAGGCUGUCUGUCAACUCUCUGUCUUUGUCAACAGAUUUGUUAAAGAAUCUGAAGGCACUCUUAAACAAAUGUAAACAAAUGUCAUUGACUUAAGAACUGAAAGGUGCUAUUGGGAAAUUGCCAAAUUAAUUUUGGCCUUCAGUCUCAAGUCUCUUUCUCUUCAAGUUGAUUUACAAUGUCUACCAGCGUUAACCUUUUUUGUUUCUUGCCACUUCGCAGUCACUACAGUCAUCGUUAUGUCUUAAGCCGUCAUAAGUUUUGUUUAUAGAUUUCUAAACUAUAAAAGAAUGUUUUCUAUGCAGAUGUCAAAUGUUGGACAUUUGCUUGCUGGCACCUUCAAUGUGUAUGUAUGUUUUGACGUCAGCAUUUGUAAUUAUGUUACAGCCACACUAAUGGAUCUGCAAUAAAUAGCACAGUUUCAGAAAGUGACAGCUUUAAAUUAUUUGUUUAAGUAGGGUCUUACAGUAUAAUUUUACUGUUAAAAUAUUAAUACGCUCUAUCAGCAGUUAAGGAUGAAAGUACGGAGUCAAAAAUGGUCACAUUCCAAAAAUGCUGAUUUUCUUUCAUAUUCUCUUCACCCCUACCCCUCUCUUUUAAUAUUCUCUUUACCCCAGAAAAUAUUAAAAGAAAAAAAAACAUUUUGGAGUGUGGCCACUUUUUAUAUUGUAGUAUUGUAAUAGGAAAGCACACCCAAUGUACCAAAAGAGGGAGAGCACAGUGUUAUGUAUGUACUAGGAUGAAAGUACAGCUGUCAACAAACAGACAUCAGACAAUGACAUUUCAGUACUUUACUGGCGAUUGAUCUGAUAACAUUGCCUGGCUAGCGUCUACCACUUCUCUAAUGAAAUCACUGUGCAAGGUAGGGUGGGAACACCCAGGCUACUAAUAACACCUACAGUAUGUU